AUGAAUUGGAUUCUGUUAUUAUUGGCGGCCCUUUGCCAGGACUUAGCAGCAGCCGAUUCCAACUAUGACUACUACCGCCUGCCAACAGCACUUCGACCCCAAAAAUAUUUCAUAAGCAUCUUAACUCAUCUGGAGGAUCGGGAAGAGUUUCGCUUUAGCGGCACAGUUAAAAUCCUAAUUGAAGCUCUGCAGAAUACCAACAACAUCACGCUUCACUCGAGUUCUCUUGACAUCGAUGAAUCACAAACUACUCUUCGCCAAAUUAGCGGGGAAGAAAAAAAGGACAACUGCGUAGCAUCCACAGAAGUGAAUCCCAAUCACAACUUUUAUAUCCUCAAAACUUGUCAGGAGCUUUUGGCUGGCAAUGUUUAUGAGCUGAGUCUAUCGUUUUCCGCCGAGUUACAAGAUCAACUUGAGGGAUACUACCGAAGUUCCUAUGUGGAUCCUGCGGACAACGAGACGAGAUGGAUCUCUAUUACCCAAUUUCAACCAACUUCGGCUCGAAUGGCAUUUCCCUGCUUUGAUGAGCCUGCUUACAAGGCUCCCUUUGUGAUCACAUUGGGUCACCACAGGAAGUUCACGGCUCUCAGCAACAUGCCCCUUAAACAAACUAAGUCACAUGACACCCUUCCAGACUAUAUCUGGACAGAGUUCCAGGAGUCUUUGCCGAUGUCCACAUACUUGGUGGUAUAUUCAGUGAAUGAUUUCUCACACAAGCUCUCUUCUCUGCCCAAUGGCCCCCUUUUUAGAACCUGGGCAAGGCCCAAUGCCAUCGAUCAGUGUGAUUAUGCCUCUGAGUUCGGACCCCAAGUACUGAUGUUCUACGAGCAGUUAUUUGGCAUUGGGUUUCCUCUCCCUAAAAUGGAUCAAAUCGCUAUUCCAGAUUUUAGUGCAGGUGCCAUGGAGAACUGGGGUCUGGUGACCUACAAGGAGACCUCACUAUUGUACUCCCCCGAACAUUCCACACAGAUAGACAAAUUAAGGAUUACAAAUAUUGUGGCCCACGAGUUGGCCCACCAGUGGUUUGGCAAUCUGGUCACCAUGAAGUGGUGGAAUGAUAUUUGGCUCAACGAGGGGUUCGCUACUUUCGUGUCAAAUUUGUGUAUCGAGCACAUCCAUCCGGAGUGGCGUUCAGUGGAGCCGAAAAUCUUUGCUAAUCAGCUUAGGUUUUUCAAUAAAGACUCUCUGGAGAGCAGUCAUCCGAUUUCGAGACCCAUUGAAUUGGUUUCACAAAUUUUUGAAAGCUUCGAUGAAAUCGCUUACGAGAAAGGAUCAUUAGUGCUUCGCAUGAUGCACUUGUUUCUCGGGGAAGAAUCAUUUCGAUCCGGCUUUAAAUCGUAUCUUGAAAAAUACUCUUAUAAGAACGCCGAACGGGAUGAUCUUUGGGAUUCACUCACUCAAGUUGCCCACAAAAAUAAUAUUCUGCCAAAGAAUUAUGAAAUCAAGACCAUCAUGGACUCUUGGAUACUGCAAACUGGCUAUCCUAUCGUUAAUGUGACUCGUGACUAUACGACAAGGACUGCAAGUCUCAGCCAGGAACGCUACCUUCUCAAUACCAACUUAUCCAGAACCGAUCACAAAGAGUGUUGGUGGAUCCCACUGAGCUUCACCACCCAGGAGGAAAAGGACUUCAACAACACGGCUCCCAAGGCGUGGAUGGAGUGCAGCAAUGACGGUAAAAGCCUUCCCAAGACCAUUGAGGAUCUACCUGGUGCCGAUCAGUGGAUAAUCUUCAACACCCGAAUAGCAUCACCUUAUAAAGUUAACUACGAUUCCCGGAACUGGGAACUCCUUAUCGCAACUUUGAACAGCGAUGAUUUUGAAAGCAUUCAUGUGGUUAAUAGGGCCCAGCUCAUAACCGAUGUCCUGUAUUUCGCCUGGACAGGAGAGCAGGACUACGAAACCGCGCUUAGAGUGCUAGCUUAUCUGCAGAGAGAGCGGGAGUCCCUUCCCUGGAGUUCGGUUCUAGACCACCUAGAACAUUUUACUUACAUCUUGCAACAGACAUCAAAAUUUGGCAUCUUUACGCGCUUCAUAAGAAAGCUGAUCACUCCGAUCUAUGAACACCUGAAUGGCAUUAACUACACAGAUACAACUUCGAUCCAAAACCAUGAUAAGCUCCGGUUAAAAAUAAUGGUGGCUCCCAUUGCAUGCCUGUACCGGGUAUCCGAUUGUGUGGCCCAGUCGUUGGUGUACUUCAGCAACUGGCGAUCGGAGGCCAAUCCCGACGAGGAGAAUCCAGUGCCUCUGGGUGCUCGUGCCACUAUUUACUGCUAUGCCAUUCGGCACGGAAGCGAUGAAGACUGGGAUUUCCUUUGGACGCGAUACCAAAGGUCGAAUGUAGCGAGCGAAAAGUUCACUUUUUUAAAUUCCUUAAGUUGUACGUGGGAGGUGUGGCUUCUGCAGAGAUAUCUGGAAAGGAUCUUCGACGGAAAUGGGGAAAUUCGCAAGCAGGAUUCUGUUUUCGCCUUCAAGGCAAUUGCCGCGAGAGAGGUUGGCUUUUUGUUGGCCAAGAAAUAUUUCAUGGACAACGUAGAACUCAUCUCAAAAGUCUACCAUUCCCAACCCGAAAUUAUGUCCGAGAUGUUGCAGUGGCUUGCCAAACAGAUUUAUACAGAAAAAGAUUACAAUGAGUUCAAAACCUUUAUUGCCAAUUCCAAAGAACACCUCAAGGAUAUGGAUCAGGCAAUUAGUCAAACUUUAGAGAUGACCCUGAUCAACGUGCAAUGGAUGACGCAAAAACAAAAUCAGUUUACCCGAGCCAUUGAAAAGUUUCUGUAAAAAAUAUAAGUUUUGAUUAAGUCUCAGCUGAUUAUGUGUAUGUUGUAUAUUUCGUAUAUUUAGUUAAGCAUGUUCUAUAAUGCUAAUCAAUAAUAAACAUAAAUAUAAUUGGAAUCAAACGGUUCGCGCUUUGACAAAGCCGAUCCGUAAUCAAAUUUAUGUGCCGUAUUGAACUGCUGAAUCGGUUCCUUUUGUUGCUCAGUGUUGAUGUUAUUUUUAAUUGUUAAAUGUAAACUUUACACAUUACAAUGUACACAAAUCUUUUCUCUGUAAAUGUUAAUAUCACUAUAUCAGCGCUCUUGGAAAAUAAAUCGAACUGAACUAAA